AUGUCGUUACGAAAGAUAUGCAAAAGUGUGUCACAGGCAUUGCCUGCAACAGUAGCUUGGUCGUUAAUAAUCGUUUGCACAGGAUGUUUUUUCUAUCUGCUCGCACCGGCAAUAGUUUUACAAUUCUCGGCUUGGGGCUAUGUUAUGUGUGCUGUCGAUGCUAUUCUGUUUCUUUUUGUAAUGUCCAAUUUGUUUAUGGCAACCACUAUGGAUCCUGGCGUUCAUCCUCUUGCAAGUGCUGCGGAAGAAACGCAGUUGGACGACUUUCGUUCACCGCUUUAUAAAAACGUGGAGAUCAAUGGUAUCACGGUUCGUAUGAAAUGGUGUGUUACAUGUAAAUUCUAUCGGCCACCGAGAGCGUCACAUUGCUCGGUUUGUAAUCGAUGCAUAGAUGCUUUUGAUCAUCAUUGUCCAUGGGUACACAAUUGCGUUGGUCGACGCAACUAUCGUUAUUUCUUCUUAUUUUUGUUUUUUCUUAGUCUGCAUAUGAUUUGUGUUUUCUCGUUGGCGCUGAGUUACACAGUUUUGAACAGGGCGGAUUUGCUAACAAGGCCAAAUAUGUGUUCAAUUGUUUUAAUGGCACUUUGUGUGUUGCUGGCGGUACCUGUUGUUGGCUUGACCGGUUUCCAUGUUGUUUUAGUUGUUCGUGGCCGCACAACCAAUGAACAGGUAACGGGGAAAUUUCGAUCGGGGUACAAUCCAUUUACAGUUGGUUGCUGGGGCAAUGUUCGCCGUACUUUAUGUGCAAGUCAAUAUCCUUCCUUCGAGACAAUAUCAGCAAAGGAAAGUCGAAAAGGUAAAAAAGGUUUUCUAGAUGGUAUGCCGUCUGUGGUAUAUGUUCCUGACAAAAAUUCUUUCUCUAGAGGAGGUGGACUUAUUAGGAUGCGGCAAGUUCCAGAAGAUGAUCAGUCUGUUGGCACUGCAAUUUCGGUAGGCCAUUCAUUUCGCAAGGACAUUCCAGAAAAGGGAUCUAAAUGUAAUUUAUUCGACGAGCAGGAUAAUAAAAGUUUCCGCCGUCAAAGUGCUAUAUAUCAUGCAGCUGUGGAAGAAUCAAUGCGUUCAGCACACAAUAGGAUUGCUAUUCAAUGCAGCACAAAUGAUACUAAGAUGACUGCAGUAACCACUAAUGACAAGAAAUCAGUUACAUCACCGGCUACCCUAAGUGAUUUCGAAAUAAUUCGUUCGGAAAGUGUAUUUGCUAAUGUUAAUUCAGAUCCUGCUACUGGUUUUCGGUUUGUCGAGAAUGGUGGGCAACUGAUCGAUAAUUCGAGACCUCUGAAGUUCACUGAUGCAGUACGUAUUCAUGAAAGUCUCAGUGCCCACAAUGUAAAUUCAUAA